ACAUAUAUUACGAAGACGAUGCUGGAUCCUCUUCAUUACGAUUAAGGACUCGGACGGGACAAGAAUUAAAAUAUUAUUGUUGUAAUUGAAUUUUGAGUUGGUUUUGAGAAGCUAGUGCCAUGUUUGAUUCAAGGAUUACUGUCGGUUUGCUGCUGACAAUAAGCUGUUACUUAGUGUCGUCCCUGCCCCAAAGAGGAGGAUUCCAACCUCAGGCUCCAGGAAACCAAAUACCAAUUUUACGGUAUUCAUUCGAACCUAAUCCAGAUGGUUCCUACAAUUACAACUAUGAAACUGGAAAUGGAAUUCAAGUAGAAGAGCAAGGUUACUUGAAAAAUGCUGGAAAUCCACAAACAGAAGCUCAGGUGAUGCAAGGUUCCUAUUCCUACACGGGCCCCGACGGAGUCGUCUACACGGUGAAAUACAUAGCCGACGAAAACGGAUUCAGGGCCGAAGGCGCCCACAUACCCUCGGCAGGAGGACCCGCCAAGGCGGCGCCCGGCGGUAGAUUCUUCUAGGAAGGAAAACAUCCUAGUACCCACCACAACAUUUUAAUUUAGUGAAAAACACAGCGCCCAUGAUGACGAGUCGAGGAACAAUUGUGAACUAUUAAUUAAUUAAUUCUACGGUGCCUUCUCAUAAUCACUAUAGAGUUAUACUAUGUAAUAUAUUUUAUGUGAACAAAUAAAGUAUUAAGUUGUAAUAAAUUAAA